AUGGACGUCAACCUCCUGGAGAAGGCCCUACUGGGCCUCUUCGCGGCAGCGGUGCUCGCCAUCGUCGUCGCCAAGCUCACCGGUAAGCGCUUCAAGCUCCCUCCGGGCCCGUCCGGUUACCCCAUCGUGGGCAACUGGCUCCAGGUCGGCGAUGACCUGAACCACCGCAACCUGAUGGGCUUGGCCAAGCGUUUCGGCGAGGUGUUCCACCUCCGCAUGGGCGUCCGCAACCUGGUGGUCGUCUCCAGCCCCGAGCUGGCCAAGGAGGUCCUCCACACCCAGGGCGUGGAGUUCGGCUCCCGCACCCGCAACGCCGUCUUCGACAUCUUCACCGGCAAGGGGCAGGACAUGGUGUUCACCGUGUACGGCGACCACUGGCGCAAGAUGCGGCGCAUCAUGACCGUGCCCUUCUUCACCAGCAAGGUGGUGGCGCAGAACCGCGUCGGGUGGGAGGAGGAGGCGAGGCUGGUGGUGGAGGAUGUGAGGGCCGACCCGGCGUCGGCGACGACGGGGGUGGUGAUCCGCCGCAGGCUGCAGCUGAUGAUGUACAACGACAUGUUCCGCAUCAUGUUCGACCGCCGGUUCGAGUCCAUGGCCGACCCGCUCUUCAACAGGCUCAGGGCGCUCAACGCCGAGCGCAGCAUCCUCUCCCAGAGCUUCGACUACAACUACGGCGACUUCAUCCCCUUCCUCCGCCCAUUCCUCCGGGGCUACCUCAAACGCUGCACCAAUCUCAAGACCAAGAGGAUGAAAGUCUUCGAGGACGAAUUCGUCACACCACGCAAGAAGGAGUUGGAGCAGAGUGGUGAGAUCAAGUGCGCCAUGGACCAUAUCCUCGAGGCCGAAAGGAAGGGCGAGAUCAACCACGACAACGUCCUCUACAUCGUCGAAAACAUCAACGUUGCAGCCAUCGAGACGACGCUGUGGUCAAUCGAAUGGGGCAUUGCUGAGCUGGUGAACCACCCUGACGUCCAGUCGAAGCUGCGCAACGAGAUUGCUGCCGUGCUUGGCCCCAACAUGGCAGUGACAGAGCCCGACCUGGAGCGCCUCCCCUACCUGCAGUCCGUCGUGAAGGAGACUCUCCGCCUCCGCAUGGCCAUCCCGCUGCUCGUGCCACACAUGAACCUCAAGGAGGCCAAGCUGGCCGGCUACGACAUCCCUGCCGAGUCCAAGAUCCUGGUGAACGCCUGGUUCCUCGCCAACGACCCCAAGCGCUGGUUGAGGUCCGACGAGUUCAGGCCGGAGCGGUUCCUCGAGGAGGAGAAGGCCGUCCAGGCUCACGGCAAUGACUUCCGCUUUGUACCCUUUGGUGUUGGCCGGCGAAACUGCCCCGGGAUCAUCCUAGCGCUGCCCAUCAUCGGCAUUACGCUCGGAAACAUGGUGCAGAACUUCCAGCUGCUGCCGCCGCCGGGGCAGGCCAAGAUCGACACCACCGAGAAGCCCGGCCAGUUCAGCAACCAGAUCCGCACGCACGCCAACGUCGUCUGCAAGCCGCUCAAGGCUUAG